AUGAGCGAGAUACAAAACGGCCAGACUGGCACCCUGCGCCUCAAGACCGGCCUCGCCGAAAUGCUCAAGGGUGGGGUCAUCAUGGACGUCGUCACCGCCGACCAAGCCAAGAUCGCCGAAGACGCUGGGGCAACCUCGGUCAUGGCGCUGGAAAGAGUGCCCGCCGACAUCCGCGCUGAAGGCGGGGUGUCGCGCAUGUCGAGCAUCGAAAAGCUGCGCCAGAUCAUGGAGUCCACCUCCAUUCCGGUCAUGGCCAAAUGUCGCAUUGGCCACUUCGCCGAAGCGCAGAUGCUCCAAGCCCUCGGGAUCGACUACGUCGACGAAAGCGAGGUCCUGACCCCAGCCGACGAGCACUACCACGUCGAUAAGUUUGCCUUUGAAGUGCCCUUCGUCUGCGGCUGCCGCAACCUCGGCGAGGCCCUGCGGCGGAUUGGCGAGGGCGCGGCCCUGAUCCGCACCAAGGGCGAGGCUGGCUCGGGCAACAUCGUCGAGGCCGUGCGCCACAUGCGCUCAGUCACCGACGAGAUCCGCCGGCUGACGAUCCUGCGUCCCGAACAGCUAAUGACCGCGGCCAAAGACCUAGGCGCACCUUAUGAACUGGUCUGCUGGGUCGCCGAGCACGGCAAGCUGCCGGUGCCCAAUUUUGCCGCGGGCGGCGUCGCCACACCGGCUGAUGCCUCGCUGAUGAUGCAGCUCGGCGCCGAGGCCGUUUUCGUCGGCUCUGGGAUCUUUAAGUCCGGUGAUCCGGCCAACCGCGCCAAAGCCAUCGUCGAGGCCACCACCCACUACGACGAUCCAGAGGUUCUGAUCCGCGUCUCUGAAAACCUCGGCGAGGCCAUGGUCGGCAUCAACAUCGACACCCUCGAAGAGAAGGACAAACUACAAACUCGCGGCUGGUAA